AUGACUAUUAACCUAGCCCAGGGUCAGCACCUGGGAUGCCUGGCUCUGUCUGGAGCAGGUUUGGGUUGUCAUGAGCAGGAGAGGAGGGAGGUGCUGCUGGAACCGAGGGCAAGGAGGCCUGAGAUGCUGCUCAGGAUCCCUAGUGCACAGGAUAGCUGCGACAAAGAGCUGUCUGGCCCCAAAUGGCAAGUCUUCUGUGUGUGCUUUUUUGGGGCUGUGCUGGGUCUUUGCUGCUGCGAGGGCAUUUCUCUACUUGUGAGCAGGGGCUGCUCUCUAGUUCCAGGGCUCGGGCUUCUCAUUGCAGCGGCUCUGGAGGAACACAGCUCUGGGCUCUCAGGCUUCAGUCGUUGCAGCUUCUGGGCUCUAGAGCGUGGUGCGCAGGUUCUGUUGUUCCACGGCAUGUGGGAUCUUCCCCAAUCAGGGAUAAACUUGAGCCUCCGUAUCAGCAAGCAGAUUCUUCACCAUUGA